CCACUCUUUCAUUGUUACCACCAUCCAUCAUGGAUCUCUGCACUCCUGCCGGCGCAUUGGAAUACCUCAAAGAGACACGCUUUGCCUCUCACAAGGCCACCCUUUUGACUGGAGGAACCACCAACUCUGCAUACCGGCUUCAUCUGAAAGAACCGUAUGAAGGCUGCAACACGCUAGUCAUGAAGCACACAUCGCAUGAUAUCCCGCUUGCAGGGGGCACGCUGAUACUUUCCACCGAGCGCCAAGAUUACGAGGCAGCCGCCUUAAGACUAGCCCACGACAAUCUGCCAAAGGAUGAGAUCGUCACUGUUCCAGCUGUGCAUUUCUACGAUGAGGACAAGCAUGUGCUGAUCAUGGACGAUUGUGGAGAAAAUUCCGCUACUUUGAAGCAGCUCUUGAUCGACCAGAAGAUAACGCCGAAAGCCGCGCAAACGAUCGGGAAAGGACUAGGACGGUUCCUGGUCAACCUGCACAACUUGAUCAACAAGCCUGGUCUAGAUCUCGAGCUUUUCCACAACAAUGACACAGGCAGGUCGACCACGGCUAUUGUGACGUACGGCAGACUCGAGUCGACGCUCUCUGGGAGCGAUGGACUUCCUGCACUAGCGGGUCCGCCACUGUCCAUCAAGGACGAAGAUAUGGAUAUCGUCCGAGAGGUUGCGGCAAAAAGGAUAGAGGAUAUCAGCUCUGCGAGGGAGGUGAUGACGCACGGAGACUUUUGGACGGGCAACGUGGUGGUACACCUGAAAGAAGGCGAGGGCGAGCCUGUCGUCGAGAAGAUCCACGUCCUCGACUGGGAACUCGCCAAGACAGGGUUGCGAGCGUUGGACGUGGGGCAGAUGUGCGCGGAGCUGCACCUCGUUCAGCUUUUCCAUCCAGAGAGCCCUGCGUCAGCGUCCGCCGGGCUGGUGCUGAGCUCGUUCCUCGAGGAGUACAAGCAGAAGGCGGGAGACGUUGAUGCUGAGAAACUCGCGAGGGAUGUGAUGAUCGUGGUUGGCACACACAUGGUCGUCUGGGUGCCUCGCGUUCCUAGCUGGGGACCCAAUGAGCGGACUAGAGGUGUGGUUGAGAAAGGAGUUGAGCACAUUGUCGAUGCGGCUACAGGUCCUCCGAGUUUGCUGGAAAGUUGUCUUGCACGCCAUUUAACCCACUAGCGUGCGUAUGUGUAGUGUAGUAUAGGUUUGAUGUACGAAUACUUCAGCAACAUUCAGGAAGGCCGGGAGCAUGAAUGCAAGAAGGAUGAAGACAUCAAUCUAUGAUAGUGCUCGG